AAUAAAGGAGAGGGGGAAAAGCCAAAAACCAUAAUACCACCUCUUUAAAGAUGUUCUUACAGAAGAUCCUGGCUGCCAGAACAUCCACAAAAUUGCAGCUGGAGGUUAUUGAAGCAUGCGUGGCCAGUACAUGCAGAACCAUUGUGACGCUAACUGCACAUGAAAGCCUAUGUAUGUAAUGAAUUGUUUGUUGAUCCCAUGACCGGCAUCUGCACCAGUUAAAAGGGAGUGACAUCACUUGAGUGAGGUGAUACAUAUACCAAUACUAAUACUGCAUGUUAUGGGUUGUAUUGACCAUUUAAAGGUAUUUCAACAGGUAAAUAAACUGGAUUGGUUGGUACACAGCAAGUUAAAUAAUGUAGAGUCAGAAGGGGCAGCUGUGGCUCUACUUGGUUCAGAAUGGACUUUCAAGCUCCAAUCUUGUCAUACAAUCCUGGUAUUUGACGGUCCAAUGUCGGAGGCCAAUCGAGCAACGGGAUGACACUGGACGUCACCUAUCGCUGCGCUUCUUCCCAGUCCCUCCGCCAGUGACUGAUAUUGGAUGUCGCCGGCGAAACGGCUUAUAAGAACUCUGUCAGAAAUGAGCAUCAAACCUAAGAGCCACAAGGCCAUGGGAGAUGGCGAGUGGAUGGCGAGGCUGAGGGCAUUUGUCAACACUGGCCUUUGGCCUUCAGGAGGUAAUAAACCAGCCCCAAGGCAACGGAAGUGGUAUGACCUCUACCAGAAGAUUGAGAAAUGCCCCAUGCAGGCCCAUGGACAGAGCACCCUCUUUGUAGGACCCAAGGCCUGUAACUGUGGAUUUCACACCGUUAAGCAGCCUGCCACUCAGCCUCCUGCUGAAGCCCCACAGUCUGUGGCCUCAGACUCGGACCCUGGUGCGACUUCAGCAAGUGCUGCAGCGUCUGCCGCCACCCCAAGGUCUUUCCUGCGGCCCCCGCUGAGUUUGUCAAUGUUCACUAAAUCACGUUUUGGUGGGUCAAAGUCUGACUCACUAAAGCCCAAUUUAGUGGCUAGGAGGACCCCCAGCCCUUCUCCAUCCUCUGUGAGGACCCCGAGCUCUUCUCCUCUUCCUCCUUCUCCUCUUCCUUCUCCAUCCUCUGUGAGGACCCCGAGCUCUUCUCGUCUUCUUGCACCAUCCUCUGUGAGGACCCCAAGCCCUUCUGUAAGCAGCAGCCUUGCAGUAGCCCCUGACGAGUCUGGAGGAGUUCCUUCAGCAGCUGCUGCGGUUGCAGCUUCAGUCUGGUUGCCGGGAGAACUGAGCAAGACCAUCCCUGUGCAGGACCACAGGUGGAUUGCCAGCACCCUCUUUCCCUCCGGUAAACUGCGGCCAGAUGUAAAGCUGUGGUAUGAGCCCCCUGUCCUUCUUCACCCAUCGGCUGAUGGUGUGGAUGCCAUACUAUCUGUGGAAGGUGAAGGUGUCCUGCCCGGCUUGUGGGAAGCAGCUAACGGGCUAUGGUGUCCACAAGAGGGCUCGAAAGGUCCUAGACAUCGACGGGUAUUACCUUAUGGUGACAGAGACACUCAGGUGCACCGUGUGUUCCCUGAACUAUCUGUCGACCAGUCAGACUGUCCGGGACCAGCUGGACCUGCCCCACCAGAAGCUGUUUGAGACCAGCAAGUAUGCUUGUGACAUACGUGUCAUUCGGCUGCUUCGGGACCGGACUCUCGGCAACAGUCCAGCAUGACUGGCGAAGCAGCUUCGGGAGAACCACGGUGAGAAGUGGCUGAACCGGUUGGC